AUGAGUGUACAAUCUGGGACAGGACAUGUGACCGGUGAUCCACUGAACGACAAGUGCGCCACAUCUAUGUUGCACAAAAACGGACAUCAACAGGGCACAUCGGACCUGGACCUUACCUGGGAGUCAGAUCAAGAUUAUGAUGAAUGUGUGUAUUACCAUCAAGGAAGCGAUCUAUACGCCGAAGGCGUCGAUGGUCAUAUGGCGGUAUUGCCGGAAGUACCUGUGACGACGGAAGAUGUGAAGAUCGAAGACAUUCAGCUCUGUGGAUCUGAUAAUCAGACUCCAGAAGAAAUUGAUCGACUUCGCCAAAGGAUCUGGAAGUUCCGACAUCUCUUGAUCGACAAGGGGAAUGCCCUCCCACCAGCGGCUAGAGGUGUGGUGUGUGAUAUCGACGUCGGGGGAGCGAAACCUAUCCCUCUCCAAUGUCGUAAGCUGCGGAUCCAGUUCAGGGAUAAGUUGGCGGACUUGAUCAAGAAACUAUUGUCUGCCAAGAUGAUCAAUUACUCUAGAUCGCCAUGGGCUUCCCCGGUCGUGGUGAUCAUUAAGAAGAAUGGGGUGGAUAUCAGGCUAUGCAUUGAUUAUCGGUUGGUUAAUAGUCUAACACAACUGAUGGUACACCCAAUACCCUUGAUCAACGAUCUACUCGAAGAUCUGGAGUCGACACUUUGGUACUGCUCCUUGGACAUGGCAAGUGGAUUUUGGGUAGUGAAAAUGACGGACCGUGCUCGGUUGAUCUCGGCUUUUAUCACUCCCUUUGGGUUAUUUGAGUGGAAUCAAAUGCCUUUUGGCUUGCCCCAGAUCUAUCAACGUAUGAUCGACAACGCGUUAUAUGGGUUCACCCGGAUCCCGAAGUCUGAAGAUCACGGAAGUGUGAUCGAGUCGAGGGGUUGA